UGAACUCACAUUUACUUCAUCCAGUGACAAACAACUCUAGCCAACCACAUAAAAUCAGAAAAAAAAAAGAAGAUGAAUACUUUGUUUUACUUCCUUCUUGCCUCAACCGCUGUUUUGGCCACCACAGCAAACGCGAGCGAACCAGUUGUCGACGCUGAUGGUGAUCUCAUAUCCGACGGCAGCUACUAUGCUGUCCCCGUCUCCGACAAUGAAGGUGGCCUGACUCUCGCUUCCGGUGGUGGCAACCAAUGUCCCCUUUAUGUCGGACCGGAAUUAUCAACGAAGAACAAGGGCCUUGCCCUAAAAUUCUCAAACUGGGGGUCAUGGGCUGAGUUCGUUCCCGAAUCAGAGAACCUCAACAUCGAGAUGAACGUCCCAUCUACGAUCUGCGGUCAGUCCUCCUAUUGGUGGCUCACUGAGACUCAGAGUAAAGGAUUACUGUUCAUAGCAGCUGGUCCUAAGCCAGAAACUGGAAAAGAUUCGUCCAAGAGUUUCUUCCAGAUCAAGAAAGCUGGAGAUUUUCUUAGCGGCUACAAGUUUGUGUAUUGUCGUAACGAUAAGAGCUGCUACGAAUUUGGGAUGGUUGUGGACAGAUAUGGCUAUAACGAUAAGAUUUUUAACUUGCACACUAGUAAUAAAACUUUAUCUGUGUAUUCUAUGUUUUCAUUGUUCAUCUUUAAUGGAAUGAAACAUUAAUUUUCUUUUCAAUUC